UGUAGAUAUAUGAAAAGAACUCUCCCAUACUUGGAAUCUACACACCGUUCAUUACUACUUAAAGUCUUGAGACUUGGCUACCGCAGACUGUGUUGUUCUCCGAGCUCGAUACAUAUGUCGCGAAGAUGAACGGUUCCCGAGCACGAUAUGCGUCUUCAGACUGCGGUGCAGAGGGCGCGGCAGGCACGCAAUCUAGAUGUCUUUCCGGGGUUCUUCCAUCUUUGGGGCCCUGGCGGCCCACGGUUCGGCACACCUCGAAUCCGCAAGAUCAAACCACGAACUCCUCUUCCUGAUGAAUCUCGAAACAGACGGGCUCUAGCAUCCCGCCUUGGUCUAGUCAAUACAGGAAGGCGUCGUGAGCAGAAGCUCACUGGACGUAGCCAUCGACAGCUCUUCACACCGUUCGCCGGAGUCUCAGUGCGAGCGCCCAUCUUGAAGGAGGAGUCAGAAGGUGGAACAACCUUAGCGAAGACCUCUGUGACGUCGGCGCCCACUGAAAGACACGUUGACACCGACAAGAACUCCGAGGAUCACCAGGAAGCAGGGACAGAACAUGAUAUCACGGAGGAUUCAACUAAAGGGUUCUACACUGUUAGACCGUCUAGACUUUUCACCGUGAAGCUUCCCAGGGGAAAUAUCCUCUCAUCAGUGAAAGCGUUGAGGCUGGCCCGCGUUCAUGCCCUGCCGGAGCAAGAGAUUGCUCUCGAUCCUUUCAACCUGCCUUCGCCUGAGCCACGAGCCCCCAAGCGUAGACAAAGGAAAGACUACCUCCUUGCUGCACAAAUGAUUGUCGACCUCCGGCGCAAAAGAAAACAGGCGGAAGGAAACGAAAUCCUACCCAGACGAUACAGUCUGCCCCUGUUUGCUUCACAGCGAACGAGGGACACGCUAAUGCAGACCAUUGAUGGUAACGACGUGACGAUCGUUUUGGCAAAAACAGGUUCAGGGAAAACGACUCAGAUACCUCAACUUGUCCUCGACACAGCUAUAUGUCGUCAGUUGGGACCAGAAACGCGUGUUCUCUGCGCUGAGCCACGGCGGAUUGCGGCCACAUCAACAGCUCGGCGUGUAGCUUUUGAGCGCGGCGAACCGCUAGGGAAUUCAGUGGGCUAUCAUAUUCGCAAUGACAGCGAACUUCCACGACAGGAAGGAUCCAUCACAUAUUGCACUAUAGGCAUUCUGUUACACCGUCUACUGACUCAAGGAUGGCGGAUGCUCCAAGGUUAUUCGCAUGUUAUUCUUGAUGAAGUCCACGAGAGAGAUGCUCAACUUGACCUGGUAUUGUCACUGGUGCGAAGAAAUCUCUACUCGUUGAAGGCUUCUCGACUACCUUAUCCAAAGGUCAUCCUCAUGAGUGCCACAAUUGAUCCGAGCUCGUUUCUUGACUAUUUUCGUCAACCUAUUUCAUCGGAUACUCUCGAAGCUGCCAGCUUCGAAGUUGAAGGAAGCGGAUAUCCGGUCGAAACUCAUUAUCUGCCUGAUAUAUUGACAGAACUUUCGGCGAAGGGCGAAUUGCAUCCUACAAUGCAGGCUCUCUUACAAAGCAACAGUCGGAAAUCGAAAUCCAGCGCAGGUUACAUCAAGGAAGAGCUGGCCUUUGCUGCUCUUGAUGAAAAAGGCAAUAAGCUGGAAGUUGAAGGCAACGAACAGAACGCGCACGGAGCUCAAACGAGUCUAAAGGUCGCCGCGCAAGCGGAGGCCACUGCCAACUCAUCAGCCAAUAGCUAUCUGGGUCUGGUGAUGGCGGUGAUUGCUCAUAUAUCGUCCACAAAGCCGGCAGGGGAUGUGCUAGUCUUCUUGCCCGGCAAGCUAGACAUUGACACCAUUUACGAUCUUUUGAUCGAGAGGAGACCACUCGGUCUCAAUUUCCAAGACGAGAGCAAGUUCAAGCUUUUCAAGCUCCACUCAACACUCCGGGACACAAACGACAAUGUCUUUACGAAGGUACCCACAGGCUGUAGGAGAAUCAUUCUAGCAACAAACAUUGCAGAAGCCUCAAUCACCUUACCAGAAGUGGUCUACGUUGUAGAUCCAGGUAAAGCGAGGACCAGUGUUUAUGACCCGAUCACCUUUAAAAGAAGUCUCCCCUUCGACUGGAUCAGCAAGACAAGUGCGAUUCAGCGUCGUGGCCGGGCGGGGCGCGUGCGCCCCGGACAUUACUAUGCACUGUUUACAGAGAAGCGAUACGAGACAUUUCUUCCUAUGGCGCGGCCCAAAAUCACAGUGUCCAAUCUUGUGGACAUUGUCUUGAGCUUAGCGGCACACCCACAGCAUGGCAGUCCAGCGGAAUAUGGCGAUCCACGAGAAUUUUUACGUGGCAUGGUCGAUCCACCGAGCGAAGACGCCAUUGAGUCAGCGUAUCGAGACCUUCAGGUCCUCGAAGCCUUGGAUUGUGACGGCAGAAUCACGCGACUUGGCUACUUACUUUCUGAGAUAAACAUUCAUGCGCCCCACGGAAAAGGCAUCUUGCUGGGAGCCCUCUUCGGCUGCCUGGAGCCAAUGUUGAUCUUAGCUUGCCAUGAUUUCAACAACCCUUUGAUCCACAACCCUGAGCUCAGCAUCAACCAGGUUCGAGAAUCGAAGCGACAUUUCGAUCGUGACCUCGAAAGUGACCUUCCGGUACUUAUUGAGGCUUUUAGAGCCUACCAUGCGGCUUAUCGAGCAGAAGACCUUGCAAAGCUGGACAAACUCCGUGAAGAGAGGUCCAUCAAGCAUAGUGCAUACCUGGAAAUGAUCAUGACCAGUAAGGCUAUCCACGAAGCACUGGUGAAAUAUGGCAUUUUGCUCGAGGCGCCCCUUUCUGCGACAGUGUUUGAGAUCCUGCCAAAUUUCCUCAACUUCAACCGGGAUAACAUGACUUUAGUAAAGGCCCUUGCUGUGAACACCGUCAGCUCCGAGUUAGCCGCUUGGGAUGCAGAGAAGCACAGAUGGAUUCUGGAUGUACCGAAUCUCGGCUUCUCAUCCAGGGCCAGCAUUAACCACGACAGGCUGAGCGUAACUCGCAAAAAGAAGCGGAAACACAGGGCCGAUGGACGUCUAAUGGCCUAUGCGUGGAAGAGCUCCAAUGACGAAUCGAGUGGGGGUGAAGUCUGGCUGGAACACUCGUCCAUGGUUACGCCUCUGAUGUUGAUUCUCUUCAGUCGGAGUGCGACCUUGGAAUCUCCCCAGACCAUCAGACUCAAUGACUGGCUGAGGUUUCAAUUCGAAGUUGAGCACAUGGACGCCGCCCUGGCAGAUCACAGCGCGCGGAUACUCAUGGAAACAAGGAAGAUGCUUGAUCGCUUCAUUACAAAAACCUGGCUUCGCAUCCUACCAAACAAUGUCCCGGAUCGCGCGGACUUACGAGAGAAAGUCGUGAAAGCUGAACUCGGAAGAAGUAGGACCAGGGGUAUGAUGGUAUCUACCAUCACGAAGAUGCUUGAGGCGGACAACGCAUUUUGGCAAGCGUAUCGGGCCAAGCGUCGAGCAAAGAUUGAUGCCGAAGAAGCCCAACUUGCAGAAGACGCUCGAAUACUGGAAGGCGGGGGUUCAGAGCCACAGCCAGAGCGAUCACAUAUAUAUGAUGGUGAGUGGGAAGAAACUGCCACACAAUAUGGGUCAGCCUUGGCCGUCGAGGGCGACGAGGGACCGCCUGCCGCUGAUGAUGACGAAAAUGACAUUGGCCUCGGAACUCAAACCACUGAAAGUGCACGCCAAUUGUUCCUUACUCAUGAAGGUGAAGAUGAAGAUGUGGUCGCAUCAGGAAUCUGACCACAACUGCGGCGGACCCGACUGAGCCACAUGUCAUCCUUCUCGACGGAGAUACAGCCUUCAACAGUGUUCGUGACGCCACUGUCCAGGGGGACGGCAUAUACCCUCUGGCUGAUGACGAACAUGCCAGCUUCCAGAGUGGUCUACAAGGCGACGUGGUAGGCGAGGUGACACACCCUGACACCGACUCUUUUGGCCCCAGGUGGUCACGGAGCUCGGAUGCCACCAUACCAUUCGGCUUAUGCCUAGAAUGGCAGAUAUGUCUCUUGUUCCGAGCCAAGACAAAAAAGUAAGUUUGAAAAUCCAAGAAAUCAGCGUCGGCAGCACUGUCAUGACGAUUUGUGCGCCAAUCGGCGGAGAAGAGCUACAAACGUCGAGCGGCUGUCGAGAUGAUUUGCUCGAAGGGUGAAAACACCUUUCCGAUACAUGAUUUGUUAGCGGUGUUUAGGGACAUUUCCUGGUCCUUGUCCGUGGUGCAAGAUGCAUGAUGCCAGCAAGCUGGCUUGUAUAUAUAAUCUUUUGUGCGACUCCUCUCUAGGAUGGGAGGAUAUGUAUGAAUACAUUCAGUAGGGACAAAUAGCUGCCAGGAAUGUGCAUGCCUCGAGAGCCUUUUGGAACAUGAUUCCAAGCACGGUGUCAAUACAUU